UAUACCUCCCGCGAAAUGUUUACCAACGGAAAUCCUAAAAAUGAAGAAAGUGAAGAAAGUAAACUAGAUACUAGGUAUUCAGAUGGAGCUGUUCGUCUACGAAACCCCCAUAUCGAACUCAUGGGCCAAGACAUUUUGUACCAUCUAGCAAUGGGUACUGAAUCCCACAAUUUGGUUGAAAUGUUUGGAGAUGUUAAAUUUGUUUGCAUGGGGGGAACCCCACAACGCAUGGAAAAUUUUGCACAUUACGUCAUGAAAGAAAUCGACUUUAACUUACCCAUUGGAGCUACUUUAAUAGACUUAAGUCAAUACCGGUACAGUAUGUACAAAGUGGGGCCAGUUUUGUCAAUAAGUCAUGGCAUGGGUAUCUCAUCCAUCGGAAUCUUGUUACAUGAAAUUAUUAAGCUAAUGUUUCAUGCUAAAGUUAAAAACCCGAUUUUCUUUAGAAUAGGAACUAGUGGAGGAGUUGGAGUUAAAGGUGGCACCGUUGUUAUUUCUGAUACUGCUUGUGAUGAACUGUUAAAUAAUUAUUAUGAAACGCCAAUAGUAGGAAAUUUGGUAAAAAGACCUGCCAUACUAGACCAAAGCUUAGUCCAGGAACUGAAAGCUCUAGCAGACCCAGAAGACCCUUACGAUGUCGUUACAGGAGGCACUAUGUGUGCCAAUGAUUUUUACGAAGGACAAGGUAGAUUAGACGGAGCUUUCUGCAACUAUAGCGAAAAGGAUAAAAUGGAUUAUUUGAAAAAAUUGCAAAAUCACGGAGUAAAAAAUAUAGAAAUGGAAGUCGUACCAUUCGCUGCAAUGACGCAUCACGCUGGGAUAAGAGCUGCUGUAGUUUGUGUAACCUUUUUGGAUAGGCUGAAGGGAGAUCAGGUACCUGUACUUCGUACAUUGUGGAGAGAAAAUGGUAAAAAAAAUGCAACCAAUCAGUUGGCCUGUAUAUGGAAUAAUUGCCUCUUGUAAAUGUGAAUUAUUGUGCAAAAACUUGGUUUGCUGGGACCCCCUUUGGCUGCCAAUUUGACAUCUAGUUUUAAAAAAUGGGCAAAGUAAAAGGUUAUAACUUUUAUAUCCUCAUAAAAAAACCCAAGGGCUUGCUUUCUUGAUAAAAAUAAUCCAAAACUCACCACGUGGAAAUCAAGUUCCACCGCCCACCCCCCUUUUUGUGUUUUCUUUAUAUUUAAUUGUCUUUAAGACUCUGGAGGCGAUUCUUGAUAUUAUAAAUCCUUCUCUUGCUUCAUAGCCACAAACAGCCGCUGAUGCCCCUAACUGAUUUAACACAGUUUUCCAAAGUAAUUAUCUGCAUUAAAAUUGGGAAUUUACGAACUUGGUUAUCAUUAUGUUUUGCUUAUCCGCAUUUUAGUAUACUUUAAAGGCCCAAUUAUUUUAUUUAUUUCCUAGCCUUGCAAUUGCCAAUAACAAACUUUUUGUACUACUGUACUACCACCUUUUUAAGCUCUUUAGACAAAAAUCUACUUUUCUUUACUAUGCCA